AUGGCAGGAGAAAAACCUGAGACAUCAGGGACAUUAUCUGAACUCUUGGACAGAAGAAUGAAGAUUUAUUACCUUUACAUGUCACUGCUGUUACUUUGCCUGGUGACAGCAUUCAUAGUGACAUCCAAGCUGAAAAUAUCCUAUUUCCAAACAAACCCUUCUGAGAAGCAGCCCGAGAUAAGCCGUUCAUGCCAGCCAAUGACUCAUAUAAUGUUCCUGAAGACUCAUAAAACAGGAAGCACGACUGUCCAAAAUAUCUUAUUGAGGUAUGCAGAUCGAAACAACCUCAGUGUUGCUUUGUCUAACUACGGGCCCAUACAUCUGGGUUACCCCAAGCUUUUCUCUGCAAAGUUUGUGAAGCGUUCUGCAACUGGACAAAAAUUUGAUAUUAUGGCUCACCACCUGAGGUUCAAUCUUCCUGAGGUCUCAAAAGUCCUGCAUAGUGACACAUUCUAUUUCUCAAUAAUUCGCCAUCCAGUUUCAGUGAUGGAGUCAGCCUUUAUGUACUGCAAUAAAGAAAGUGAAAUAUUCAGGAAGGUGAAGGACUUGAAUGAAUUUAUGAAGGCUCCGUGGACUUACUAUAAGCCAAACUGGAAGAAUUCUUUUUUUGCUAAAAACUUGCUCUGGUAUGAUUUUGGAUUUGACCACAAUCAUAACGAUGACAAUGAAUAUUUUGAGUCUGUUGUAACACAAAUUGAGAGCAACUUUCAGCUAAUACUCAUCAAUGAAUACUUUGAUGAGUCCAUGAUCCUUCUGAAGGAAACACUCUGCUGGAGUAUGAGUGAUGUUGUUUACUUCAUACUUAACAGCAGGGGAAAAUCUAGUAUCCAGAACCUGACAACACAGACAGUUAAUAUGAUGACAAUGUGGAACUCUUUGGAUUGGAAGCUGUAUUUACACUUCAACAGGACAUUCUGGAGAAGAAUCAGUGAGACAAUUGGAAUAGAAAAGCUAAAGAAAGAAGUACAGUUACUUAGACUGAUGCAAAAAGAACUGUUAAAUACUUGUAUCAAAAAUGGAAUUGCAGUGGAACCUUCUAAAGUUGAAAAUAUAUCCUUUCUCCCUUUUCAGCCUAACAAAUUACAGAUCUUUGGUUAUAACCUUAAAACAGAUUUGAACAUAAGUACCCGCAUACAAUGCCAAAGAAUGGUACUUUCUGAGAAGGUGUUUACACAACAAUUAUAUGCUAGGCAGAAUACCUAGAAACAACAGUAAAUGAUAUAGAAUAUUUAAAAAAAUGCAACCAUCAAAAUCCAAUCCAUGCUUCAGUGUGGGCAUGGACUCAGUUUACACUUUGUGAAAAAAAAAAUAACCAUUGUCUUCUGUAAUACUAUUUAGUGUAUUAAGCUAUUUUACAGAGCUUAAAUCAAAUAUUUCUGUAACCAAGUAGUACUCCAGAAAAUGCCUCUGUUAAGUUCAAACACAAAUUAUAGCAACUGGAGAAUUAGUAGUCUUUAGUGAAUGCAAGAUUUUUAUAAGAUUACCUCAAUUGUUUAUUAGCACUGUUGUUUUUAUUGUGCAGGCAUAAUUAUGGGACUUGCUUAGUUUAAGGUACACAGACACUGGAACUCACAAAGGAAAACCAAAAGGUCAUAAAGUGCUUCACAUGGACAACAGGCUGUUACAGCUUCAGUAGCUUAAACUCACUAUGGAUCCCAACUGUAACAGGUUGUGCCAUCUUUCCUUAUAGGAAAAGCUAUCUCAGAACUCAACAGUAUUUGCCUGGUGCAGUCCUAUAUUGCAACAAAAGUGUGUUCUAUCACCAACUGCAGUCUGUUAGUGUUAAGUGUAUGUAUGCUGUCACCAGACGUUGCUGUAUUUAUCUUAUUGUACUUCAACUAUGCAUUUACUGGAUCUAUAUUUAAAGAUCAAAUGGACACAACAUCAAAUCCCAGUUCACUGAGACCAGAGCAUUGAAGAAUUCAAUUGUCGAAAGACAACUUGUUUGAAUCUCACCAUAACAAUUUGCAGUAGUUGGCCAACAGCUCAGAAAUCUGUAUGUUAAGUCAGAAUCAAUACAAAUAUUUACCACCAUCGUGUUAUACAUACCAAAAGAAAUAGGGAAGAUGUUACUAUCUCAGCUGUAGGCCAACUACUGUGAUUUGAUGAGGUGAGAUUCAAACAAGUUGGCUUUCAACAAUUGCAUUCUUCGAUGCUGUGGUCUCAAUGAACUGGGAUUCAAUGUUCUGGCUGUUCAAUCUUUUAAUAAAGAUCUGUAUUUACUUACCAUACAAAGUUUUAUGCAGCCACAUUCUUUUGAUUCAGAGAAGCAUAAAUUCAAAAAGAUGUGUACGGAAGCAAUACUCUGACAGACUUGGAGCAGAAUUUUGAGCUUAAAUUUAAAGACUAUUAAAAACAAAAACACAAAUUUCAGUAACAUUCUCUCUCAACUUCUUAGUGUUCUUAGUGCAAGAAAGCUGGGCAAAGUCUAAAAUAAUGGGUUGACAAAAGCUCAAAAAUAG